AAUUAAAACUACUUUUCACACAUCUUAAGCAUCAAGAACGUCUUUACUUCACUCUAACGAUUACUCUCUCUCUCGCCCUUAAUAUUUACAUCAUAAUAAUCAUUCAAUACAUACACGCAUAUACACAGCGGAAGAGAUUCAAAUUAGAAGUUCGCCGGCGAAUGCGAUGAGUAGGAGGAGAUCAGCGUCCUCCACAAUUCGCUGUCGUAUAUAUAUAAUAACGGUACUCGCCAUUUAUGUUGUGUGUAUAUUCUCUCUUUUUUCUCUCUUACUCGCUGUAGACCCCGAUUUGGAUCUCCAACGCCUGCAGCAGCAGCAGGAGCUGCUUGAUCAUCGAAAUCAUACGAAUGAUGACGACGAUUUAUUUGCCAAGAAUAAUGCGUCUCGUAAGGCUCGGGAAGAUAGCUUUGCUGGUAUGAUUGAUCGAGCUCUCGAGAAAGAGUUUACCGAAGGUGAUCAAAUUCAAGAAAAUGAUGCUGGGGGCUUCAACAACAGUGUGAAUGAACAACAGGCAGUUUUGGAGACUGUAGCUAGAGUUAAGUCCAAGAAAAAUGACACGAAAGAGGAAAUGUCAUUUAAACUUAAUCGUGUUUUCAAUUUGGAUAAUGAUAAUGGAGCAGAAGAAACUCCUACAUUGAUAGAUAGAAAGGAUAAUGUCUUCAUCAUAUCCAAUUUUAAAUCAAAAUACCCAGUGUUACAGCUUGAUUUGAGGUUGAUAUCUGAUUUGGUAGUUGUCAUUGUGUCUGCAACUUGUGGUGGUAUCGCUUUUGCAUGUGCUGGACAACCGGUCAUGACGGGAUACUUGCUCGCAGGGUCUCUUGUUGGACCAGGAGGGUUGAGUGUUGUUAGUGAAAUGGUACAAGUUGAGACCGUGGCACAAUUUGGUGUGAUUUUCCUUCUUUUUGCAUUAGGUUUGGAGUUCUCUUUGGUAAAGCUGAAAGUUGUUCGAGCUGUCGCAGUUAUGGGAGGUCUGCUUCAAAUUUUUCUCUUCAUGUGCCUUUGUGGGAUUACUGCCUCAUUAUGUGGUGGUAAACCUUCAGAGGGGGUUUUUGUUGGUGCGUUUCUUUCAAUGUCUUCUACAGCGGUGGUUUUAAAAUAUUUAAUGGAGAAAAAUAGCGUCAAUGCACUUCACGGGCAGGUUACUGUUGGCACACUUAUUUUGCAGGACUGUGCAGUUGGUUUGUUGUUUGCUCUUCUUCCAAUAUUAGGAGGAACAUCAGGUGUUCUACAAGGAGUUAUAUCUAUGACUCAGUCGUUGGUGACGUUGAUAGCCUUUCUGAUUGCUUUAACAAUCAUGUCUCGCACUUGUGUUCCUUGGUUCCUCAAGCUUAUGAUGAGUCUAUCAUCACAGACCAAUGAGCUGUACCAGUUGGCAGCAGUUGCUUUCUGCUUACUUGUAGCAUGGUGUAGUGAUAAGCUGGGUUUAAGUUUCGAGCUGGGCUCAUUUGCUGCUGGAGUGAUGAUAGCAACAACUGAUCUUGCUCAGCAUACACUUGAACAGGUUGAACCCAUUCGAAAUUUCUUUGCAGCUCUCUUUCUUGCUAGCAUCGGAAUGCUAAUUCAUGUCCAUUUUCUGUGGAAUCAUGUUGAUAUCCUGUUAGCUUCAGUAUUCUUAGUGGUGGUUGUUAAAACAGUCAUUAUUUCAGUAGUUGUGAAGGGUUUUGGCUACAACAACAAGACUUCAGUACUGGUUGGGAUGUCUUUAGCUCAAAUUGGGGAAUUUGCUUUUGUCCUUCUCAGCCGAGCUUCUAAUCUUCAUCUUGUUGAGGGAAAGCUUUACUUGCUGCUUCUUGGUACAACAGCUCUUAGUCUGGUGACUACUCCGUUGCUUUUUAAGCUAAUUCCUGCUGUUGUGCAUCUGGGGAUUCUGCUACGGUGGUUCUCUCCUGAUUUUCAGACUGAGAUUGUAUUUAAAGGAGAGAUCCUCCGGUCUGACAGUAGUGCUAAACAACGCCUUGCGGUAGUAGCUAAGGAUCUCAUGAUGCACGAAGUUUAGGAAGUUUACAGAAAAUGGAUAAUCAGUUGUGCCCCGUGAAAUGAUCUGAACACAGAAGUGACAAUGAUUAGGACACAAGAGGGGAAAAGCAUCCUCUAUGUUCCUUCAUCGAUGCAUUUAUGAGUAAACAACUUAAGCCUCAAAAAAAGGGCAACGAGAUAUAAGGAUCCAACUGACAAAACAGCUAACAAGUAGAAGGAUUACAGCGUUCGUAGAUGCAGUGGCGUAAUAUAUCAUUUUUGAUCUCUUCUUUCAGAAAAAAUGUAAAUUAGCUUUCAAGAUUUCAGCUUUAACUAGAUUUCAGCUUCAACUGUAAUUAUUGACUGACUAUGGGUUUGAAUCGCCGGAUGAAUGUAUAAAAGAACGAAUUUCAAUCACAACACAUGCAGUUCUAAUGA